AUGAUUCUUCUAGCCGUGCUGCGGCUGUACGUUCUCUACACCACCCCCCGCGCGCAGCAGCGGGCGGUUGCGCCAGGGUGGCGCGGGGAGCGGGGGAUCGUGGCGGCUGCUGCGCUGGCGCUGACGUGUGCGGUGGUCCCGCUGAUGCAGCUGAGCGCUCGCGUGUCACUGAGCUCCUUCUCUACAGAUGCGGAUUUACCGCCUUAUGAGGUCUGCUCCUUGAUCCUCGCGUUCCUCGCCUGGGCGCUCACAGCAACGGCUCUCUUCUGGGAGCGCAAGCGCAUGGCAGUGAAGGGCGCAUGGCUGCUGCGGUUUGCAGUGCUCUAUGUGAUGGUGGGGCAGCUGGCGAAGCUGAGAUUCGUGCUCAUUCUGCAGCAGGACUUCCAGGCCCGAGCCCCCACCGCCACUUUUCACCCCCCCUCCCCCUUCCCUUCCAUCUCCAUUGUUCGUAAGUUCGCCUGGAAUGCUUCAGGUCUUUUUAGUCAUGUGCUCCUAGGCCUGCUCACGCUCUUCUUCUUCCCCAACCUGCUCCUUAAGAGCACCCUUCGCCAGGCUUAUUCUCCUCUUCCGCUCUCUCUCCUUCCCUUGCGCCCACUUUGUACCUCCCUUCUUCCCGUUUCUUCCCCCUUCUUGCACCCCCAGGUGCUCCUAGGCUUGCUAGCGCUCUUGUUCUUCCCCAACCUGCUCCCCCAAGAGCACCCUUCGCCAGGCCUCUCCUCCUCCUCCGCCCUCGCAGCCGCAGAGGCAGAGGCAGCACCACUCUUGCCACCUGCAGCAGCAGCAGCAGCAGGGGCAGCAGGGAGUGGUGGUGGUGCGGGGUAUGUGCCUUUGGCUGCAGGGCCUGUGGGUGGGGCGGAAGGAGAAGCAGCGGAGGAGGAAGGAGAUAACCAGGGGCAGUGCAGCAUCUUGAUUGGUCCCAUUUCCCCCGUUUCCCCAUUCCCUCUCCCCCCUAGGUCUGACGUUUGGGUGGAUGACGCCUCUCAUGGCUACGGGGUACCGGCGCCCGUUGGAGGACAGCGAUGUUUGAGCGCGUGUGGAGGGAGGAGAAGGGGCGCCCCAAGCCGUGGCUGCUGCGUGCCCUGCACUCCUGCUUUGGCCGCCGGUGAGGGGAGAGGAUGUGUGGGAGGGAUGGGAGGGAUGGGAGGGAGGGAGGGAUGGGAGGGAGAGACGGAUUGGAGGGAGGAGAGGGAUGGGAGGUAUGGGAGGGGAGGCGAAAAAAGUGUCAUCGGGCUUUAA